UUUGUUGUUGUUUACUUUUCGCAAAUUGUUUACGGAAACUAUCUACUUAUUUACCGCCGGGGAAGUGAUUUUUCGUAAUGGAUUUCGACAGUCCCGAGGAGAAGGAGUUUCCGGGGCUGUAUGCCUCGGAGGCGGCGGAUGCCAGGUCGAAGAAAAGCAAGGAGGAGAGCGACUUCAGCGAGGAUCACGAACCCAGCAAGAAGGACCUGUUGAUCGGCCGGCGCAAGGAUAAGAAGGAGAAGGGCAAGGACCGGGGAUACGCCGCAUUGGAGGGCGAGAGCUCGCCGGAGGAGGAGCUGGACACCAAGAGUCCCUCUAAGUCGAAGAAGUCCAAGACAUUUAAGUUUACCAGCUCCAAGAGCAAGGAAAAGCGAGAAAAGUCCCGCGACAAGUCCGAAAGAGAUUCGAAGCACGCAGAUGAGGAGCCCGGCCCGUCCUGCAAGGCCAAGGAUCGAGAGAAGGACAAAGACAAGGAGCGCGACGAGCCGAAGAAGAAGGACAAGGAGGAGAAGCGGAAGGACAAGGAGAAGGACAAAAAGUCCGACAAGAAGGACAAAAAGGACAAGAAGAGCAAGCAGCUGUCGCAGCAGCAGGACGAGACCUCCGCCGCGGAGGAGGUGCUGGCACUCGGAUACCCCGUGUUCGGGGUGUCCGUCAGCCUGGCCACCGAGCGGUCCCGCUGCCACGACGGCGUGGACAUUCCACUGGUUGUGCGCGACUGCAUCGACUUCUUGCAGGAUCACCUGAAGUGCGAGCAGAUCUACAAGAUUGAGCCCAUCAAGACGCGUCUGAUGCACUACAAGCGGUUGUACAACAACCGGGAGCACGACUCCGCCGUCGAUGAGCUCAACCUGCCCACCGCCUGCAGUCUGCUGAAGCUCUUCCUGCGCGAGUUGCCGGAGCCGCUGCUGACCACCGAUCUGGUGGCCCGCUUCGAGGAAGUGGCCUCUCAUCCGAAGGUGACAACGCAGCAGGCAGAGCUGCAGCAGCUGCUCGAUCAAUUGCCCAAGUGCAACCGCACUCUGUUGGCGUGGGUGCUGCUCCACUUCGACGCGGUGAUCCAGCAGGAACGGCACAACAAGCUCAACGCUCAGUCGCUGGCCAUGCUGCUCAGUCCGACGCUGCAGAUGUCCCACCGCCUAAUGGUGGCUCUGCUCAUCCACUGCAACAGCCUGUUCGCGGACGUCCAGCUGAUAAAGUAUGUGCCCCCGCUCACAUCGGCCAGCCCAAAGCUACCGGAUACGCCGGAGGACAUCCAGACGGAGUUGCGCAAGCAAGACAGUCUCCUCAAUCAGAUCCACAGCGAGAUGAACGCCGGCUUCAUUACAAAGAAACGCGAGGAGCAGCUCUGGGAAGUACAGCGUAUAAUUACUCAGCUCAAGCGCAAGUUGCGCACCUUCGAGAAGAAGCAGGAGAAGUCCGUGGAGGAAUUGGACACCAGCAGUACUGCUCCCUCCACGGUCGUCAAUGAAGAUACCACGGAUUCCAAGACAGAAGUCACCACAGUGGCAUCCACUAGCAACAGUAUUUCCACCGAGGAGCCAAAAACGGAGGAGCCAGAGCCACCCUCCAAAGACGCUCCAAUUGAUUUUUCCAUUGAUCCAGCAACUGGCUUCAUUUUGUUGCCCAAGUCAAAUCCGCACCGCGAGAAUUUGCUGCGGCUGCAGAUCGAAUACGACGAGCUGAUGGACUGGCAGAAUGAACUGAAGGCCCGCAUCGUCGCCGAGCGCAACGAAGUCUACAGGCUCAAGCAGUUGUACGAGAAGCAGUCAAUGAACAGCCAAAUGGCCGCCCUGGCUUCGGGUUCGCAGGCUCCUCCGGAGUCCGACUAUGAGAGAAUAAUUGAGCACUACACUCGCGAGAACGCGCUGCUCGAGCACAAGAAGAAUAUGCUGGGCAUGGAGCUAAAGGAGGAGCGACGGGCCUGUAUAGCCCUGCAAGUGGAACUGCGACUCCAGCAGUUUUAAUGUAUUAAUAUUAUUAAUGUAUUACUAGGAUGGGUCAAUUUGCGGGAUAUAGCUGUGAUCUUAUCCCAGAAACUAAAAGCUCCUUUCCAAAGAAACAACAAAGACUUUUCCAGAUUAUCAUCGAGGGUUUCAAUAAUAAUCUUCUUUUUUCCAUCUUUUACUCAACUUAAUCAAAUCAUAGAUUUUUCAAAUAAGUGCAAAGAAUAUAAAAUAUCAAAAUCUUAUGAAAAAUUUUUGAAUAAAACAUUUGGAGGGUUUUUUAAAAAUAACUUUUCUGAAUUAUAAUGGACAUAUUUACGAAUUUUUACUAGAAGAUGAAAGUUUUCAUAGUAACUAACUACUAAGAAAUUUACAACAAAUAGUAAUUUAGGAUUUCUUUAUCUGAUAUUGAUUUACAAGUGUGACAAAGAGACGUUUUCAUGACAAAGUCUAUUGUUAAUUUGGAAAUGACCGAGUUAGUUAAAAAAUCGACCCACCAAUCAUAUGUACAUAAGAUAACCAUUUUCAAUCUCAAUGUCUAAAUACGAUCAAAUGCUUUGUUUAAAUUAAAGUUACUUGUUGUUGGCGCAAAGCCCCAAAAAAUCGUGUUAGAAU